AUAAGCUCUGUUGACACUGAACUGUAACACUCCUUUUUCCUUUCUUUCCUACAUACCAUAAUGGCGGCCGUUGCAAAGAAGGUACCCAAAAUCAAGCGCGAUCCCGCGAAAAACCCAAUGCGGGACCUGCACAUCAGGAAACUCUGCCUGAACAUUUGCGUGGGAGAGUCUGGUGAUAGGCUUACCCGUGCCGCCAAGGUGUUGGAGCAGCUAACAGGUCAACAGCCUGUGUUCUCCAAGGCACGCUACACAGUGCGUUCUUUUGGCAUUCGUCGCAAUGAGAAAAUUGCUGUGCAUUGCACCGUGCGUGGAGCUAAAGCUGAGGAAAUUUUGGAGCGUGGCCUGAAAGUUCGUGAGUACGAGUUGAGACGUGAUAACUUCUCGGCCACAGGCAACUUUGGUUUCGGCAUUCAGGAACACAUCGAUUUGGGUAUCAAGUACGAUCCCUCCAUCGGUAUCUACGGCUUGGACUUUUAUGUCGUGCUGGGACGUCCAGGUUACAAUGUGGCCCACAGAAAGCGCAAGUCUGGCACUGUUGGCUUCCCACAUCUGCUGACUAAGGAGGAUGCCAUGAAGUGGUUCCAACAGAAAUAUGACGGUAUCAUUCUGAACAGCAAGAAAGCUUAAGUCAAUCGUCUAAUUGCUUUCUUAAGAAUUCUACAAUAAACCAAGACAGUGGUCAAAAUUUAUAUAAA